CUGGACGGUAGCGGAAGAAGUGAAAGUAUAGUUUUUCUGGGUGAAGUGUUUCCUUGAGAGACGAGUUUCUGUUUUGAAAUACGUUUUUGAGGAAAAGUUGGAAGAAUAUUAUCAUUUUUUAUAUUAACACUGUGUUCUAUACAGUGUACUUUGGAUGAACGUGUGCGGAAGAUAAUUUAACGAUACGAUAUUACUUUAAGAAUAAGUUUUUGUAACAUAAAUAUCCACAUACAGAUACAUCAUGUGCUGACAGCGAUAGCAUAUUUCGAAAACCGAAAGAAAAUUAUAUAAAAAAAUGAAACAUAAAUAGAAUUUUAUAAAAUACACAUACACCAAACCAGAUUUCAAAAAAGUAGAUAAAUAAACCAGUGACAUUAACUUUGAAAGAAAGAAGAUAAAACACCAAAAAAAUAAUAAUAAUAAAACGAGAAAGGAAAAGAAAGAAAACAAAAGAUAAUAAAAGAGAAAACCGUGGAAGAAAGCAGGCUCAGGAUAAAUGCAACUGAAAGGCGAAAACUGAAGUCGCUGCCACCAUCAUGUGGGCGAAACACUGGUGGCAGGCGGUGGUGUUGUCAUUGUGGUGUUGGCAAGCGUGGUGUUUUGUCAGCGAAGGUGACAUUCCCAGCGGUCUGGAAGAUAGCCCUUUGACCGAGGUCCGAGCUGUUGCAAAUGAAAGUGUGUUGCUCCCCUGCGACAUGGAGCCUCCUGCACCCAACGACACCACGCUCCUCGUUCUUUUCUACCGGGAUGGUGUGGGGACGCCGAUUUACAGCCUAGACUCCCGCAGCGUGGCCCUGGAGCGAGGUCGGCACUGGGCAGCCAACGACCUGGGCAUCAGAGCCUACAUGAUGGUAGGGCGGAGGAAGACCGGGCUGUUCCUCGAAAGGGUGCACUUGGAGGACCAGGGCGAGUACCGGUGCCGAGUGGACUUCCUCGAGUCACCCACCAGGAACUUGAGAAUCAAACUUGAUGUCGUGGUUCCUCCGCGUUCCAUGGCCAUCACCAGCGACCUUGACCCUGGAAAAGAGGUCACUAAGUUCGCGGGUCCUUACCCUGAAGGAGCUGAAGUGAGGCUGUCAUGUCAGGUCAUAGGAGGUAUUCCUCCGCCCACGCUGACCUGGUGGCAGAAGGGGUCACUGCUGGACGAUGUGAGCGAGGUCAACACCAGUAACUUGGCGCGGAAUACCUUGACCUUGCCCCCUCUGACCCGCGCGGAUCUUCACAAGGUGUUGACGUGCCAGGCAUCCAAUUCUGACCUUUUGAUUCCUCUCUCCAAAGCUGUUACGAUCGAUAUGGAUUUUGCCCCGACGUCCGUGAGGCUUCUGGAGGGAUCCGGAGGCGAGGUCACCAUGUCCGAAGGGAGGUCACGAGCCCUGGUGUGCGAGGCCAAGGGGUCACGCCCCCCCGCCCGGAUCACGUGGCUCAUGGACGGAGAAGCCCUCCCGCAGCAUCUCACGGUCGAGGAGGAGGUUGAUGUCGACGUGACCCGCUCCACCUUGCACCUGGUUUCGAGGGCGAGCGAUGACGGAUCCACACUCACCUGUCGAGCCGCUAGUCCCCGCUUGCCCGAGUCGCCGCUAGAGGACUCUGUCACGCUCUCGGUUUUGUACAAGCCGCAGAUGACGCUAGAACUCGGGAACAACGAAGAACUGGAGAACAUGGAGGAAGGCGAUAACGUGGUGUUCAAGUGCAUCGUUAAAGCGAAUCCGCCGGUGAACGGAGUGCAAUGGGCUCAUGAUGGCGUCCCCCUCAAGAGCAACGCGUCCCUGGGCAUCGACGUCAGCAGAGCAUCCCUCGUCCUCAGGAACAUCAGCAGGACGUCGUCAGGAGUUUACACUUGCGCGGCGGCCAACACGGAGGGAGCCACCACCUCGUCGGCGCUCCAGUUGGGGGUCAAGUUCCCCCCCACAUGCGCUCAGGGCCAGCACGCGGUGUACGGAGCAGCGAGACACGAGGAGUUGCAAGUGCCAUGCCACGUGCACGCCCACCCCGUCCCGUCGAUGUUCAGAUGGGCGGUGAACACCUCCACCGGCGUCGUGGACGUGGCCCUCAACCUCUCCAGCAGCAGCGGCAGGAUCAGCGUCGUGAGGUACACCCCGCAGACGCACCACGACUUCGGGGAACUCCUGUGCUGGGCGGUGAACGACGUCGGCCGCCAGAGGGAGCCUUGCGUGUUCAAUGUCGUACCUGCGGCCAAACCCGAGGCGGUGUCGUCGUGCGAGGCGGAGCGGAACUCCUCGAUGCCGGCGACUUACGUGGUGCUGUCGUGUCUGCCAGGCUGGGACGGGGGCCUCGAGCAGACCUUUAACCUCGAGGUGCGACAGGCGGCCAAGGAGGAGCUGCUGGAGGAGUUCAGUCACGCUCCGGAGCCUUUCUUCAUUAUUACGGGCCUGAAAGUGGACGUCCCGUACCUGAUGACGGUGACGGCGGCCAACAGUCGCGGAACCAGCCCACCGAUCACCAUCUCCUACACCGCCCCGUCCGCCUCCGCCCACAAAGUCGUCUCCUCGCACGCCCACAACACGCUCCUGUCCAUCACGCCCUUCGUGGUGCUCCUGAUAGGCGUGAUCGCGGCGGUGUCGACGUGCGUGGGCGUGGGCGUGAUGGUGGCGAAGAGGAACAGACGAAGGAAAAGUGGCGCCGAGAUUCUGUACGCCGGGCCCCUCAAGGACGUGCAUGACAGUCAUGACGUGCACACCAUCGUCUGCGUCAACCACGCUGACACCGAGAAAGAGGAGUUGAUGAGAACCCUGGCUGGAUCAGGUUCGCCCAGUUCAUUCUACGUGAACCCAGGAACGCUCUUAAACAACUACGGCCGCGCCCCGCUCGAGACGGACGUCCUCCUGCGGGACAAGCUGACUCCCAUGGGCGGCUGCCUGGCGCCCCUCGCCUCCACGGACUCCCUGGGCCAGUGCUCGACCCCUUCGUCCGUGUGCACCGCCUCCUCGAAGACCGCCUCCUCAAGGUCGUCCCGAACGUCCUCCUCAACGGUGGCGCUCAACCCCGACUACCUGACGAAGGACGAAGCGAGAGAACCGCUUACCUCCCCGUCGGUGGCGCCGCCGAAGGAGAGCGCUGUCUAGAGGGACCUUCGAGGGGACGCGAAGGGAUAGAAGGACGCUAGAAAUAGACGCAGGGGGAAAUAAAUCAAGGAGUAACGGGAGAGAGGUAAAGGAUCAUUAGCAAGGCUGGGAAUCCCCUCAGCACGGCUCGUGGCGGCGCAAUCAAGGGAAAGCGGGCCGUCGGGAAGUUGUCGAAUUCCGAGGUGCCGUCAACAGCGUGUACUAAUGAAACCCGACGCGAAACUGGCUCGGCUCCAGACGCAGUAAUCGAAGAAUGCGGAGCGAGUGCGCGGAGAUAGUGGAACUUCCGUUGACACUGAUUGUGGAUUCUGAAAGAGAUAAAAGAAAAACACGAAGGAAAUGGCGGGCGAGGUACCAAAGUUGGAGUGAUCUCAGAGUGAUUUUAACCGCGGUGAAACUGUGCGGCAUAGCAAAGAUUUCGGACGGUUUCUGUAGUGUAAGUGUGAAAUAAGGUCAGGAAUUUUCCAUUUUGCGCAAGACAUCACGAAGGAAUGAUGAGCUUGUAGUGUUUUAAUGACUCGGAAAUGAAAUGAAUGAUAUUUAAUUUCAAGAAAUCUCACACUUUCUCCUUAAUAUAGAAGAAAGAAAGAAAGAAAGAAAGAAAAAAAACUUCUAUAAUAUCAGUGUUCGUGAGCAGACAGACACAGACUAAUCACUUUCUCGGGCACGUGAGACACGAAAUAC